ACAAAAUUCAGUAUAUACGGCGAACAGAUUCAUAACACGAAAGAAAUAUACACAUAUACGAGGUGCGUUCACAACAAUUGCCAAGAGAUUUGUUGUUAUUGACAGACUGUUCUGAAAAAUGUCAAGAUUCAAUAUGGAAAAUGACAAUUAUAUUUUAAAAACAAGAUUGGUAUCUCAAAAUCAAAAUGUGAAGUGACAGGAGCGUCAAUUUUUUAUUAAAAUUAAUUCUAAAAUUUUUAGUUUAAGUGUCUAUUUAAUUUUAUGAGGUAAAUUCUGAUAUUUAUAAUUACAUCUUUACCGAACAUGUCUGGACCUGAUGUUCCUGAUGCUAAUAUAAACGGAUACAGUUACGAUGAUUUAAUGGCCAUAGUAAAUUUUCUACAAUCAAAAUUAGUAUCCUUAAAACCUAAAGUGGCCAUUAUCUGUGGAUCAGGUUUAGGAUCCAUAACAGAUAUUAUUGAAAAUCAAAUUUCGCUUCCUUACGAAGAAAUUCCCAACUUUCCAGUUAGUACAGUCGCUGGUCAUGGAGGAUGUUUGGUAUUCGGAAUAUUAUCAAAUGUUCCCGUCAUGUGCUUGAAAGGAAGGUUCCACUUUUAUGAAGGGUAUCCAUUAUGGAAAUGUUGUAUGCCGAUAAGGAUAAUGAAAUUGUUGGGCUGUUCGCAUCUAAUAGUAACAAAUGCAGCUGGAGGAAUUAACCAAAAUUUCAAAAUCGGGGAUGUAAUGCUGAUAAAGGACCAUGUUAAUUUUAUGGGAUUUGCUGGUAACAACCCACUAAGAGGACCUAACGAAGAACGAUUUGGUACCAGGUUUCCAGGAAUGAAUAAAGCUUAUGACAAAGAUUUGAUAAAAGCUGCACUUGAUAUAGCGAAAGGUUUGAAUAUAGAAGAUAAAGUUCAUCAAGGAGUAUAUGCAUCUGUGGGAGGUCCAAAUUACGAGACGGUGGCAGAAUUAAAAUUGAUGCAAACUUUAGGAAUAGACGCAGUGGGGAUGUCAACAGUCCCAGAAGUGAUAGUCGCUAAACAUUCAAAUUUAUCAGUUUUUGCCUUCAGUCUCAUUACUAAUGAAUGCGUACUUGAUUGGGAUUCGCACAAAGAACCCAAUCACGAAGAAGUUUUAAAAGCAACUCAAAAUAUGGAAGUAGUACUCCAGAAUUUCGUCAAACAAAUUAUUGAGUACAUCGGUAAAAUCACAUGCGUUUGUAAACAAUAAAAAUUCAUUAAAUGACCCAUUAUCAAUAAAAAAAAAAAAAAAA